GCAUUUUUCCUCUGCUAUGUAAACGAAAAAUUCAAGCAACGGAGCCGCUCUUUUUUUUUUUAGCGUACCAAAAGAGGAGAACCCCCUAAAUACAAGGACGAAAGUGAGUUUGUUUCUACUUUUUCCAUCUACGACUGCUUUUGUGUUUUCUUUUCGACGUGAGGAAACUGAGAUCAAUCCAUAACGAAGUAUUAGGGUUCUUGUGUUCAUUGUCGAUUUUUCCAGUCUGCAAUUUGACUUUGAAGCUAACUGAACCGGAGACACACAUACAGAAGAAAACAGGCGAGAGCAAUGACAGACAAUAAUAAUUCACCCAGUCAGCUUUCCCUCGACGGGAGCUGCAAAAUGGUUCCCACUGGUAGUCAAUUCGUUUGGUUGCGUCUGAUGGAGGACAAAAAGUGGACCAGCGUCUACCAGCAGUGCAUGCUGGAUGUCUGGCGCUCACAAGACGCUCUUGACGGAAAGACGCAAGGAAAUACCAAAAUGCGAAAGCCCACUACAACUGUGGCUGGUGAUUCGGCAGCGUCGGGUGAAAUGUCAGUCAAGACCAUCGGAGACAUUGUGAUAAAAAAGUGGUGUUGUACUCGAACCCAUCAGGUAUUAACACGAGUUUUUCUCACUGCUGAAAAAUAUGAAGCAAAGGCUAAUGGUUUGCUCUUUACCAGUAAGGAAGAGGACGAAUUCCGCCGAAUCAAAGAAGAGCGAUCCGCGUUGCUGGGGCAAAUUUGCUGCCAGAAGCUGGAAGAGGCAGGCAGCAAUCAUUUGCGUGACUGGCUGAACCGACUUUGGGUUCUUUUUGUCGCCGGAAUCGACAACGACCCAGCGGGACAACGUGCUUUGAGUUACGACGUACGAAAAACUGUGCAUGAUGCACAAUUUACCAACGAUGACGCCAUCGUUCUUCAAGCGUCGCUCUUGCAUUUUAUUAUUCCUUCGCUAAAAUACGAGACAUGCCAGGCUAUUGCCGUAGUUGAUUUUCGUACAGUUCCCUUGAAGGAAACGGUGGAACUUACAGGCUUUGAAUCGUCACAUCGACGCAGCACACCUCAGCAGCAACAAUUUACGCGCGUUUUUAUCAGUUUUGUAGGUUGCUUUCUGGACACGUUAACGGAGUCUGAGCUUGUAAAGGCGGCAUCAGUGUUCAAACCAGCGAUAUGGGACGCACAACAGCGCAUUCUGAAAAACCCCAAGCCUGUCUCUGGAAAUAAGAAAAGAAGUGAAGACGCUUUUGUGCCCACAGGUGACGGUAUUCACAUUGAUCACUUGGAUAAACUUGGCAACCGAAAGGAUACUCCAAAAUACGCGUAG